CAACCCCUCGCCCGUUCUCCCCACACGCUCCACAGCCAUUUCCAUCUCCGGCCACCGCAUCACCAUAGCCUCCUCCUCCUCCUCCGGCGUCGCGGCGCCCGGGGCUUUCUCCCGCCUCGUCGACCGCACCCGCGUCCCGGACCCCACCCUGCAUCGCCACGCUGUCGCGGCCUUCUUCCGCCACUUCCUCUCCCAGCCCGCGCCCCUCCCCGCCGCGGCCCACGACGCCGCCUCCGCCCUCCUCGCCUCGCCCCACCCUGCCGUCGCCUCCCACGCCGCGGUAUCCCUCGCCCGCCUCCCGCGCCGACCUUCUCCCUCCGGGCCUCGCCCUCCCGCUCCUCCUCGCGCCCCUCGCGGCCUCCCCCUCGCCCCGGCCCGCCUCCUGCCUCGUCAAGGCAGUCCUGUGCCCUUCGCUUCGGCUCCGGCUUCCUGCCCCACGACCAUCCCUUCGUCCAGGCGCUCGCGUCGGGGGCCGACGGCGCGCGCGCGCGGAGUUGACGCGGCAGGCGGCCAGGAUGGUCGCCGAGGGGGUGGACGGGAUAGUAGGGUUUUUGAGGCCGUUCAUGAUGUUCGCUGUUGUGAGGAAGGGGGACGCCCCGUUUGCGAGGGAUUUGAUCGGUGCAUUGACCGCAGCGGCGAAGCCGGGUGUCGCGGUCCCGGUGCUGAAGUUGCUCGAAGAGCGCCUGCUACAUUUUGGCCGCGGGGAUGGUGAGGAAGUGCGGCUCUGGCUUAGUUCUGCAGAGUGCUUGGUGGAUGCUUACGUGGUAUUAUUGAGGAAGUUAGCUCAUGCUCAAACGCCAACAUCCGCGCUAAGUUGUUCCAAUCUCUGUACUUAAGUAAUCGAACUCGAAAGUGCUGCUAUGAGCUAGAUUUGUGCGUACAAGGGUAAAGAAGCGAGCAAGGCUACCUUUCCGCUGGAAAUCCUAUACCUGAGUGCUAUUUGAUCAGAGUGAGUUGUAAUUGAGCUUGAUUUACUUGCUCUUCUAUUUGCAUUUUUUGUUAAGUAUGUGGGUGACUCAUUGUCGUGAGCCAAGUGUGGUGCGGUGUAGUAGUAGGCACUUGUAGGCCCCUUCCCGGCUACUGGAUCACUCCUAAUUCUAUACAAAGAAACUCUUUCGCUUCACUUUGUCAUGAUGCUCAAGCAAGUGGUGUGAAGUUGAUGGAAACACUUAUAUCACAAUGUUCAUUUCAUGAAAAAACUUCUGGGAAUCGCUUCUACAGUUCUUGGGUGCAAAACAUUUAUUCUUGGUGCAAAAGGACAUUGGAUUAUGCUAUCUACCUGAGGUUUCUGUUGUCCUUAGUUCUCUUUCUUACUCUCUAAGUGGGCUGGAGUUUGAACACGAACAACUAGCUGGCUUGAAACUUCUGGCCUUUUUGAUUGAGUGGAAAUACGAAAAUGGUACAUUCCCAAAAUGCUUAUAAUCCUCCCCCCCCUAAAUUUUCACUUGUUGGAGGCACUAGGAAGUUGGUUCUCUUAUUGUUGCUGGCAGUAUCAACUUGGCUUUAUCUUAUACUACUGUAUUUUGUUUCAUACCAAUGACAUUCUUUACACGUGAAUGCAUAGUUUCAACACAUUUAGAACCAGAAGUGAAUUGGACAGCAUGGAGUGGAUAUUAUCUUCUUGUGCUCCAAAAUUGAUGAGAAUUUAAAUGUGCUUUGCAUUUUGUUCGACAUGUAAUAUUCCCCAUGGAGAGGGUUUGCAUCGUACUCUGACACUAAGCUGUUUACAAUUAUAAAUGAUAUAAAUAGGAAAGUGCCGAAAAGUUCUUUAAUACUUUAACUAAUAUAGCCUAAUUAAAUCAUUGGUCGUAGUUGUAUCGUGCUGACAUGAAAAGAAAAAAGACUUAUAUUCCCUACUUUUCACAUACAAAUAGUUUUUUAAAUUUUAUUGU